AUGGGAAAGAAGCGCAAGCGACCCGGAAAGGACCGUGGUCCCUCCUCGUCUCACCUCGGUAUCACCACUGGUACCCGCCGUUUCAGAAUCUCAGCCCCAAAUUCCAGAGAGAUCAGCCAUCCGGUGAUUUCCCUGUACUACCAGAACGUAUUAUCGCUCCGGGACUACCUACUUCAGCAACUUCCUCCAACAUCCAAGUCGCGUCGGCGUCGCAUCCGGACACUAGCUUCGCGACCCGACGAUUCCCAGGCAUUGGCCCAGCUCCUCGACUCCACUCUAGUCGGCGUGCUGAAGGACGCCUCGCCGGUCGUCAACUCCGAACGCCAAAAAGAAUAUUCCUCCUUUAAUGAGUCGCAAUCGCGCUCGCUCCUGGCGAGCACCGAUACGGGGCCAACCUGCGCGCAGUCGGAGGUGGUUGAUUUCGUGAUCUGGAAACUGUUCAAUCAGAAGGGCUGGGGGAAACCUCAGCAUUUGCUGGCCCUUGGCUUCCAGCGUCCGUCGAACAGAGAAGAUGGCCAACAGACGGACAUCCCCGGCGUCGUGUGCCGGUUCCCCAAUCACAACGUCGCAACCCUCAGAAAAAGCCCAUGGGCAGACGUCUUGGGUUUGCUCGGCAACAGUGGGGAGGACAUCAUGAUGCAUCUGCUCUUCGAUUGUGGCGUGUUUGCCGCUAUAAACGCACCACGGGGAGUCUACUAUCAGCUGAGUGGCCUGCCAAUGUCGGAGCUCGAGGUUCUCAAUGCUGCGCCGUCAAAGCCCAAGGAACUGGACGCACAGAACAUGACCAGCAAUACCGGAAAUCAAAAACAGACAGAACCUCCAGCUAGGCCCGUCAACCCGCACGGUCCAAACAACAUUGUAUUUCUCCGUCGGCGCAUCCUCUAUGCGCGGGUUGAGUCUGGAAGAGGAACACCCUGUGGGCUGGGAAAGACACACGUACUCAACCGCUUUCCGACGCUUGACUCACCGGAGCAAACAGUCCACGUGAUGAAGUACAUGUUCCCUCGCCAAUUCGGGUUACAAAGCGUGUUUACGCCGGGACCCGAUGGAGCCAAGAGCAACAUCCAGUUCAAAUGUGGUACAUUCCGCGAGAAGGAAAUAUCCCAGCUCGACUAUGAACGACAACUCCGACGGCCCCAGCGCGAGAAUGAAUGCGAUGCAGAUGGUGGCGUAGCAAGUCUCAAAGUCCCCAAGAGACUUCGCGGCGUCGUCAAGAUCAUCCGGAAGUUACGGAAUCGUCAUGCACAGUGCUCCUAUAGCGAGUUGCUGCGCUAUUAUUGUCCGACUGAAGUGAGACAUUUUGUUCGUGUUUUUAUGUUUGUCGCUGACCUUUUGCAGCAAACCGGACCGAGCAGACUUGGCGCAUUUGCUUCAACGCCCCCAAAAAGCCAGCCUAUCUCAUCUCUCGGGUCAAAUUUAGUAACACAGGUGCCGAAGCCCAGUGAUGGCUCUGCGCAGGUCAGACCUGCGACAUUGGAGCCGCAGCAGGCCGCAAGUGCAUCUGACGGAGCUGGGCAAUCGAGUCGAAACAUCAAAAUCGGGUUGACUGAUUAUGCGACACCACCGUCCUCUGUUUCGGCGUUCUGCCGAGCUGUUUUGCAAAAAUUGAUUCCUCGACAGCUUUUGGGUGAUGGGCCAGAGGGCAUUUCGAACUAUAAACACAUUCUACGACACGUCGAUCGGUUCAUUAAAAUGCGCCGAUUCGAGACGUUAAGUCUGCACGAGGCUUGCAAAGGUAUCAAGAUUACCGGCAUUGGUUGGCUGGAGCCACCCCAGGUCCAGACUUCACGAUCUGAGACAAGAUCGAAGAUCGCUCUGUCUGACUUGCGAAAACGCACCGAGGUGCUUCACGAGUUCAUCUUUUGGAUUUUCGAAUCCAUUCUCACCCCCCUGAUUCGCUCCAACUUUUAUGUUACCGAGUCUCAGACACACCGAAAUCGACUCUUCUACUUUCGGCACGAUGUGUGGAAACAGCUAAUUGAGCAGCCGUUUGGUGAAUUGAAGGCUGCUAUGUUUGAGGAGCUCGAGCCAGAGCAGGCCAAACGGGUAUUGGCACGACAGUCUCUAGGAUACGGUGCCCUCCGUUUGCUUCCCAAGUCCACCGGCAUCCGGCCCAUCUUAAACCUUCGCAAACGAGCUCUGAAAGAAUCGGGAUACGCCAAAGGACGCAAGUACCUUGGCCAGAGCAUCAACUCGAGUAUCACGCCUAUCUACAACCUGUUGAAUUACGAACGCCAGCAUGAUCCUGCCAAAUUGGGCUCGACGUUGAUGUCUGUUGGAGAAAUACACUACCGAUUGAAGGCAUUCAAAGAACAAUUGUCCAUCCAGUCAUCGUCUCUCCCUCGGACAUCCAAGCUCCCACCUUUGUAUUUCGUCAAGCUCGACAUCCAGGCUUGUUUCGAUACUAUUCCCCAGAAGAAAUUGCUGAAUCUGAUCUCAGAUUUGGUCUCCAAGCAGAAUUACCGUUUGUCCAAGCAUGUGGAAUUCCAGCCACCAAUUUCCAGAAUGCAGAAUGCAAAGCCAAUACGCAAGUUCUUGACCCGCGCUGCGCCUACUGAGAACCCACAAGAUCUGCCGGACUUCAUUAACAGCGGGCCUUCUCGACGAAAGGCCAAUGCUGUGUUCGUGGACUCUCAUGGGCAGAAAGACGCAGACGUCGAGGGUCUGCUGGAUCUUCUCCACGAGCACGUCCGCAGUAAUCUAGUACAGAUGGGCAAGAAAUUCUUCCGCCAACGCAAUGGCAUCCCCCAAGGAUCCGUGUUAUCUAGCCUACUCUGUAAUUUCUUCUACGCCGAGCUAGAGCGAAAAGAAUUGAGAUUCAUCGACCCCAAAGACUCUCUUCUUCUCCGACUUGUGGAUGACUUCUUGCUCAUCACACCCAAAGCAGAUGUGGCAAUGCAGUUCGUGGAGAUCAUGAUCCGCGGCCAACCUGAAUACGGCGUCCGAGUCAACCCAGCCAAAAGCAUGUCCAACUUCAGCGCAGCAGUCGACGGCAUCUUCCUCCCCCGACUCGAAGGCAGCCCUCUAUUCCCCUACUGCGGCACCCUCAUUUCAUCCCACACUCUCGAAAUCCACCGUGACCAGGACCGGCUGCUUGAAAGCGGCCAAUCAGCUGCGGCAUCCCUUUCUGACACCCUCACGGUCGAGGCCACCCGCCUCCCCGGCCGCGCCUUAACCCGUAAAGUCCUCGCGGCCUUCCGCCUGCAGCUACAUUCCAUGUACCUCGACGACAGCCACAACUCCCGCGCCGUCGUGCUGGGGAAUCUCUAUUCCAGCUUCAUGACUGCCGCAAUGAAGAUGUACCGGUAUAUGAAAUCACUACGGGGCCGUGCGCACCCCAGUCUCGCGAUCAUCACGCAGACCAUCCGUGAAUUGAUCCAGCUGGCAGCCGGUUCCAUCCAAGGGCGACGGGUCGAUAAGGAAAAUUCCUUCCUAUGCUCUGUGCAGCCAUCCCAAUUGAAGUUUUUGGCUGCUGCGGCGUUCCGGUUUGUCUUGAAGCGGAAGCAAACGAGGUAUGUGGCCGUUCUGCGUUGGCUGGACUCACUGGCUCGAGAGGCCCGACCCACUUCAGAUUCCGCAGCGCUGAAGAUGACGCAUGUGGUGAAGAAGGGCAAUGCUAUUUUUGAGCAAUGGCGGUUUUGA